AUGGCUCAUAUGUUGUUGUUGGGGUCGCUACAGGUCAUUUUGGGGUGCAAGCAGUCUGUCUCUCAACUUCGCGCGAGGAGUCCUAGCGCGGGCGGGUGGGGAUCCAGCUACAAACAUUGGAUUAAUCUCCCUUGGAACUGCUUCCCCUUGUAUCCCGGCGUCGCAGGUUUCGCCGGCGAGCCUCUAGAUUCUCCAAGCCAGCAUUAUCUUGUUGCAAAUGCUGCUGCUGUCGGUCGGCUUUUGGAGAAUGGAGACAGAGCCUACCGUGCUGGAGGCGUCAAUCCACACUUCUACUAUACCAACCACUCAUCCGCCGAAGAAUUCGAGGCUUCUGAUUUCGCAGAAUUUGAGGAUACUGCUGGUUUUGCUGUCAUGUGGGUCAACCAUUGCUUAACCUUUUGCCCUCUUGAGGAUUUCGGAGCUACUAUUCUCCCUGAACCUGUGCUUCCCGUCAACAAAUCGGACUUGCAGAUUCCUUUUGCUGCUUGGCAAAAGCUAUAUCAGUCGUGUCUCAAGAAAGAAGAGGAGGGAGUAGCUGCAAAGUGCGAGUACUUCAGGUGUAAAGUACACGACGGCAUAGUUGGCGUGAACAAGGAAUAA